AGUGUAUAGGACGAAAAGUGAAGGCUGAAAGAAAAAUAUUAGGUGGCAGAAAUACGUCUUUCCCGUUGUUCAUUACGGUUUGUUUUCCAACGUAGCACUUUUGUUGAAAUAUCCUAGGGAAAAUACAUCAUUUACGGAUUCGAUGUUGAUUGUUAUCCGAGCAGCAAACCUUUAUUCCUGAUGGUGCAGCGAAUUGUGGACCAGAUUUUUGUUAUUCUGCACCCUCCGAGAAAGUGGUUCACUGAAAGUUGGAAAUAGCCAGCUUAUUGUCAAUUUAAUCGAAAUCUCGGAACGCGGCGUAGUAAGCCAUUCUGAACUGGAGGAGACUUCCAGUUUCAGUUUGAGCUGGCGAAGUUGAAGGCCACUGUGAGCUUUGUAUCCGGAAGUGAAAGUCGGCAGAAGUAAUUGUUCGGAGCAAGAAAAUGCGGACAAUAAAAAGGUUUCGUAGAGUGUUCCGGAUUGAACAUGUCGCACUGCUGCUGGUUUCGCUGUGGAGCGCAGCGUUUGCGGCAACAGAUCAGAUGCCAUCCGUUCCUACGCACAAUAUGUCCAACAAAGAACGGAACGAGCUGAGGGAAGAGUCCAGAGAAAUGUUCUAUCACGCCUAUCGAGCCUAUAUGGACAAGGCUUAUCCGGCGGACGAACUGAUGCCUCUAAGCUGCAGCGGAAGGUAUCGAGGUAUAACGCCGUCCCGAGGUGAUUUAGAUGAUGUACUGGGAAACUUCUCUAUGACACUAGUCGACACUCUGGACACGCUGGUAAUUCUGGGAGACCUAGAAGAGUUCGAACAUGCGGUGAAGUUAGUUAUUAAAGAUGUCAAGUUUGAUAGUGACAUCAUCGUAUCCGUAUUUGAAACUAACAUUAGGAUGGUUGGAGGUUUGCUUUCGGCCCAUAUUCUGGCAGAAUACGUACAAAAACAAGCGGAUGUGAUGCUGUGGUAUCGGGGCGAGUUACUCGAAAUGGCCAAAGAUCUUGGUUAUAGAUUGCUACCGGCCUUCAACACAUCAACUGGAAUACCACACGCUAGGGUUAACCUAAAAUAUGGAAUGAAAGUGGAAGCGUUACGGCAUUCGAGAGAAACCUGCACGGCUUGCGCGGGGACAAUCCUACUAGAGUUUGCUGCGCUGUCGCGACUUAGUGGUGAACCAAUUUUCGAAAUCAAAGCACACAGCGCAAUGGAUGCACUAUGGAAAAUGCGCCACCGAAGCUCGGACCUCAUGGGAACGGUACUAAAUGUGCAUUCCGGAGACUGGAUACGGCGAGAGUCCGGAGUUGGUGCCGGAAUUGAUUCCUACUACGAAUACUGCCUUAAAUCCUACAUUCUGCUGGGAGAUGAACGCUAUUUAGCGCGAUUUAACCGGCAUUACAACGCCAUUAUGAAGUACAUCAGUCAGGGACCGAUGCUGUUGGAUGUCCAGAUGCAUCGCCCCCACACAAAAACGAGAAAUUUCAUGGAUGCACUGCUGGCUUUCUGGCCCGGUCUACAGGUACUGUCCGGAGACUUGAAGCCGGCCGUACAGACACAUGAAAUGCUGUACCAAGUCAUGCAAAUGCAUACUUUCAUUCCAGAGGCAUUCACUUACGACUUUCAGGUCCAUUGGGGGCAGCAUCAUUUGAGACCGGAGUUUAUUGAGUCAACGUACUUUUUAUAUCGCGCUACUGGGGAUCAUUACUAUCUACAGGUUGGUAAAAAAGCACUCAAGGCAUUACAAAAGCACGCAAGAGUUCCCUGCGGCUAUGCGGCCGUGAACGAUGUCCGCACGGGGAAGCAUGAGGAUCGAAUGGAUUCGUACGUGCUUUCGGAGACGUUCAAAUACCUGUACUUGCUAUUCUCCGAUCCGUCUGAUUUACUGUUAAACAUAGAAAAUUUUAUUUUCACAACCGAAGCACAUCUACUGCCACUGACCCUUGGGCAAUUGGGCAACCAUACGUUUAAUAUCAAAGAGUACGAGGAAAAUGAUAUGCUUGAUUUUAUGCGAUCAUGCCCCAGCCCAAACAAGUUAUUUCCUGAAACGGUUAGACGUCCCCUUAGAGACCUGGUUACAGGAGUAUGCCCGCGUAUAUCAAGUGCCAAACGACUUAGAGCGGCUGACUUUCAGGCAAGCAAUGCAGAUCAUCUACGGACAGUUUAUGACAUGGGUAUUACGAUGGUUUCUUUAGGCGAGGGAAAGGUUCAGCUAUUGCAUAGCUUUUACAACGCUAAGUCUCCGGAAGACGCUGAACGUGGUCUCAUUUUCAUGCAGGAAAUGGUAGAGUUGUCAAAAUCGAAUACAAUCCCAAAAACACAACUGCAGGCAGUUUCAUUCCAUAAACAAGGUGAAUUCCAGCAAAUCCUCAAGGCAGGACCGAGUCAUUUUGGUCCCGAACUGACAGGAGAUAUGGUUAUAACGCAGCGGGGAGUGUUCGUGGAACCAUCGAAAGUCUGCACGAGUCUAAAAAACGGACGAGAGCUGAAUGGUAAAAUUGCAAUUGUUGAACGCGGUGAUUGUACCUUUGUUGAUAAAGCACGCAGAGUUCAAGCUGGAGGAGCAAUGGCUGCCAUAGUCUAUGACAAUACGCCAAACACCUCGAUCGACAAUCAGCAAAUGUUUGCAAUGUCUGGCGACGGCAACGAUGACGUCAAAAUCCCAGUUGUAUUUUUGUUCACUAAAGAAGCGGAAGUGCUAAUAACUGCGAUUAAAGCCAACCCCGAGCUAGAGAUUACCCUCAGACCGUUGACGGACCCUAUGGAGACUGAAGAACUAGCAGGAAAGGACGGCUUGUCCCAAAAAUUAAGCAAGACUGAGUCAACCUCCAGUAGUGGAUCGAAAACGGCCCCAUAAUAUCGAAUGAGUUUGUUCGCUAUGCGUAGAAGACAGAAGUUCAAGUUGGAAAACAACAGACAGGAUUGCAUUAUUAACAAAAUUAAUUACACAAACAGCAUACAAAUCAAGAGUGUGUGAAUGAGAUGAUGCAAGAGAAGCGAGAUUUUCAAAUUUCUAUGUCUUUUCAAAGUGAUACAUCUGUUGACAGAGUUAAAGUGCGACGUGAUGCAGUUUGAUUGUUGUUUAGAGAUAAUAGUGCUUAGUUGAAGUUAGUGUACAAUAUUUUUACUAAUAAGGCAAGGAUAGCCGAGCCAACUGGAGUCGAUUUGUUACUCAUAAUAGCUAAUGCCAUUGGAGGAUGUUCGUACUGAGCAACAUAUCAACUGGUUGACUGAAUUAUCGUUUUCUGCACGAGAUUUGAACUGCAGAUGAGUCUGCCUGGGGCAAGAGCUUCGAAACUGUGCCGAGCUCAAAAUGCUCGUUGUAAACUAGCUGUAAAUAGUCUGUAACAAUUUAAUAACACGAUAUUAGAGUAAGACUGCAAUCACUGCUGACACAAAAACAUUAUAAUUCCAAACAAACAAACUUUAGCGGUUAUCGAUUUGGCUAAGCAAAACCAAACAAUUCCACGCUCAGCAGCAAGCGAUGUAUGUGUGUAUAUAAACGAGAAAUUGAGGGAUUGCUAUUUUUCAUAAAGUCUUCUCAAGCAUCAAAAUAGCAAUCACUAGUUAGUCACAAUCAAGAUGCAAUAUGAUAAAGAAUUUAACUAAACAAAUUAGCAAAAAAUAGUUGUGAGUAAAAAAGAUUUGAAUGCCUAUAAGAAUUAAAUGAAUUCUUAAUACACUGUUUCUAGUUUUGUAAAUAAAGAGAAAAUGUUUUAUGAAA